AUGGCAGCUUUCACUUUCACUCAGCAUAGCUCGGUCUAUCCGGCCAUUGAUGCGAGCCAGCCAGAGCUCUCUCAGGCUGGUCGGACGGUUCUGAUUACGGGGGCAUCCUAUGGCAUCGGCUUCACGGCCGUGCAAGGCUUUGCAAAGGCAUCUGCGGCCAGAAUCAUCCUUUUGGCCCGCCAGCGAGACUCUUUGGCCUCAGCAUGCGAGCGGCUACGGGCGCAGAACCCAUCUUUCCAGGGCGAAUUAAUAACAUAUGUAUGCGACAUCGGCGACGCAAUCCGUGUCGCCCAAGUAUGGGAGGAUCUGAACCGAAAGUCCAUUGCGGUUGAUGUGAUGAUUGUGAAUGCUGGUGAUCCCGGUACCGAAGCCACUCUCGAUGCGAUCCCUUUGCAGCUGGCUUGGAGGGCCUUUGAGGUGAAUGUCCGCGGCAACCUGGACAUGAUGCAGCGGUUUGUGCAACAGGGGAAGACCGUGGAUUUCGGGGGAAGGACGGUUGCAUUCGCUUUCAUGGUCCAACAUCUGGCGACAGAGGUCCCCGUCGAGCAGAUCCAGAUUCUCAAUGUCCACCCGGGGGAUGUGUAUACAGAAGGAGUCCAAAAGAUGUGUGAAAAGGACUCCUGGCCCUCGUGGGAUGACUCGAGCCUUCCUGAGAAUUAUAUCGUCUGGGCAGCCUCGCCUGCCGCAUCCUUCCUGCAUGGCCGCUUCGUCUGGGCCACCUGGGACGUCACGGAGCUGAAGAGCUGCACAGCCCUGACAGACGGUAAACCGGGGAACAAGAACCUUCUCAAAAUCGGCGUGAAUGGGCUGGUCUUUGCCUUGCCUUCUAUGACUGUCUUGCUGCCCUAG